AUGGCCACCACGCCCGAGUUUACCCUCCCCGACUAUCUCAAAUUCUUCAGCGCCGGUGCGCUGGCUGCGACCCUCACUCAUGGCGCCGCCACGCCCAUCGACGUCGUCAAGACGCGCAUCCAGGUCGACGACUCCCUCAAGGGCUACAACAUGAUCCGCGCCGGCCGCACCAUUGUCGCCAAGGAGGGCGCCUCGGCCCUCCUCACCGGCUUCGGCCCCACGGCCGUCGGCUACCUCGUCCAGGGCGGCGGCAAGUUUGCCGGCUACGAGUUCUUCAAGAAGAAGUUCAUCGACCUCGCCGGCGGGCCUGACAAGGCCGUCCCCCACCGCACCGCCGUCUACCUCGGCGCCAGCGCCACCGCCGAGUUCUUCGCCGACAUCCUGCUCUGCCCCCUCGAGGCCACCCGCAUCCGCCUCGUCUCCCAGCGCGGCUACGCCACCGGCCUGACCUCGGGCUUCAUGCGCAUGGCCCGCGAGGAGGGUUUCCGCGGCUUCUACUCGGGCUUCGUGCCCCUGCUCUUCAAGCAGGUCCCCUACGCCGUCGGCCAGUUCAGCGUCCACGAGGCCGUCAACGAGAUCAUCUACCGCUCCAUCGGCGCCGAGCGCAAGGCCAAGCUCACCCAGCUCCAAAACACCGGCAUCGAGCUGACCUCGGGCAUCGCCGCCGGUGUGGCUGCCGCCGUGCUCUCUCACCCCGCAGACACCCUGCUCUCCGCCAUGAACAAGGGAGCCGGCGACCCCAAGCAGAGCGCCACCAGCCGCAUGUUCCAGCUCGCGCGCGAGUUCGGGCCCGUUCGCCUGCUCACGACCGGUCUGGCACCCCGUGUCGUCAUGACCUGCGGUCUGGUCUCUGGCCAAUUUGUCAUCUACGCCCAGUGCAAGGCUCUCACCGGCGCACCGCCUGGCGUCGAGAUUCACAAGGAGGCAUCUCUAUAA